AAUGAAUAUUAAUGAGUCCCCUACCAUCCUGGGGAAAAAAUAUCGCUUCCGGGUCCAAAUGCCGGGUCCUCUCCAUCUACUUACCGCUUUCGCCCGAUACGAGUUUUAACCUGGUUUUAACAUGCCGCAGUGCUGUGUCCCGUGUUGUUUAAAUAGAUCGGAGUUAAAAAAAACAAGUGACAUUCAACUGUCAUUCUUCCGCUUUCCCUGUGACGAGAAAGAAAAGAGAAAAUGGCUGCAGUUGAUCAGACGUAAAAACUUCAUCCCAAACUGCAACUCUAGGGUGUGCAGUUGGCAUUUCCCCAAUGGAAAAGCUGCUGGGCCGUCAAGAUUUGCCUGGAAUGAGGGGAAGACUUUCCGAUUCCCAGAGAACCUCAGCCAUCUCCCAAAACGCAAGAAACAAAUGGUCCCUUGCAACGGUGAGGAUGAGGGAGCGGAUGCUGACACGGUGGAGACCCCGUGUACUUCAAAAAGUCUUGUGGCCCUCGAGGUGGAGAAUGAGAUGCUCAGGGCAGAGAAUGAACAAUUGAAAAAACACAUUUUUUCCUUCAGUCCUGAGAGAGUUCAAUAUUUCACUGGAUUGCCUGAUGUUGCCACGGUCCUGUUUUUGGAAUCGCUUCUUUCUAAAUUUGAACUACAAUAUCAUUCUGAUUGGACUGUCCAAAUGAUGCCCUUAGUUGAUCAAUUGCUCCUGACCUUAAUGAAGCUUAGGCUAAAUUGCGGCCACAUAGACCUUGCAACAAGGUUUAAUUGUAGCACAGCCACAGUAACCGACAUCUUCACCAGCAUCAUUAGUGCCCUGUAUGAGAUUUUGUAUGUCGGUUUGCUUGAGAACAACAUCCCCUCCACAACCAAGAAUCAAACAUCGCUGCCAGACUGCUUCCAGCCCUUCCCGAACUGUCGGAUCGUGCUCGACUGCACAGAGGUUGCCGUCUCUGACACGGAGUACAAGAGCCAGUACAAGGCUUUAAUCGGUGUUGCUCCUAAUGGAUGUAUCACCUUUGCCAGUGACCUGUACGGUGGGAGUGCCUCAGACAAGGCAAUAACAGCUGACUGUGGACUUCUCCAACACUUACAUCCGGGCGAUAUGGUUAUGGCAGACAAGGGCUUCACAAUUCAGGACAUUUUGCCAGAAGGAGUUUCCCUGAACAUCCCGUCUUUCCUCGUCGAUGGACGGUUCACUCAGGAGGAAGUGAACAAUAACAGAUUGAUUUCAAAAGCUAGGAUGCAUGUGGAGCGAUCUAUUCAGAGACUGAAAUUGUUUCACAUUUUGGACCAAAUUCCACACCAGUUCAAACACAAUAUAAACAAGAUACUGAAAGUGUGUGUGUGUCUUACAAAUUUACAAAACGCCCAUUCUUCGUGAAAUUGGAUAGGUUAACUGUAUGAAUUUCUGGGUUUAAUUCAUAAAUAACUGCAUUUAUAGUUUUAUUUUUAAGGGUUAGUUCACCCAAAAAUGAAUU